AUGACAACAACAAAUCAACAAGAUGACAUCUGCUAUUUUCAUUCAAAUGAACCAUUGAAAGAUCAACAAUUAAUUACUUCCUCAUUAGUAUUAAACAAUUCUAACUACAAUGAGGCAUUAGAAACCUUUCCAAUAACAAUACCUCUGCCCACAACCAAUAAUGAAAAUACUACCACGCUCAAUACCAUACCAAUAAUCAAUAAUCAGAAGAAGAGAAAGAUUUCCUCUUCCUUCAAAUAUUAUACAAGUCCAAAUACAGAAAAGAAGAAGAAAAUCUCAAUUUCAUCCACUUCUAUUACUACUUCAUCUUGUCAUUGUUCAAAUAAUGUAUAUUGUAAAUUAUCUUGUAAUUGUAUUGUAAAUUCAAAUCCAAAACAUUUGAAAAGAAGAGAAUAUCAAAAGAGAAAGACCUAUUCAAAUUCAGCACAAGCUCAAAUGGAAUUUAAUUUUCCAAUAUGGACUUUUCAUUUGGAAUAA